AUGGAUCUGUUGAGAGUGGAAGUCCUCAUACAGGCACAAAGCCACAAGAACCCAAGUAAACACAAGAACCCAAGUAAACACAAGAACCCAAGUAAACACAAGAACCCAAGUAAACACAAGAACCCAAGUAAACACAAGAACCCAAGUAAACACAAGAACCCAAGUAAACACAAGAAUCCUGGUAAACACAAGAACCCUGGUAAACACAAGAACCCAAGUAAACACAAGAACCCAAGUAAACACAAGAACCCUGGUAAACACAAGAACCCAAGUAAACACAAGAACCCAAGUAAACACAAGAAUCCUGGUAAACACAAGAACCCAAGUAAACACAAGAACCCAAGUAAACACAAGAACCCUGGUAAACACAAGAACCCAAGUAAACACAAGAACCCAGGUAAACACAAGAACCCUGGUAAACACAAGAACCCAAGUAAACACAAGAACCCAAGUAAACACAAGAAUCCUGGUAAACACAAGAACCCUGGUAAACACAAGAACCCUGGUAAACACAAGAACCCAAGUAAACACAAGAACCCAAGUAAACACAAGAACCCUGGUAAACACAAGAACCCUGGUAAACACAAGAACCCUAGUAAACACAAGAACCCUGGUAAACACAAAAAACCUAGUAAGCACAAGAACCCUGGUAAACACAAGAACCCUGGCAAACACAAAACCCCAGGUAAACACAAGAACCCUGAUAAACACAAAAACCUAGGUAAACCCAAGAACCCUGGUAAACACAAAAAUCCAGGUAAACACAAGAACCCUGAUAAACACAAAAGUCCAGGUAAACACAAGAACUGCGAGUGA